GUGUGAGGGCUGUUGGAGCGCAUUGGACACGUAAACAGGAAUACUUGAACUGCCAUUUGAUGCAGGUUUAAACACGGGGCAGUCGGUGGCUGAGACCUGCUGUACAGCUCAGAAUGAAGGCUCCUCUGUUUCUCACCUUUCUCUUCUCAGUUCUCGCUGAGUUGCCAUUUGCUGAAGCUCAAGGUGUAAAACUGAUUGCCUUCUCUGGAGGGGGCAUCAUUUUCAAGUGUGGUUAUAAUAAAGAAUGUAGAAAAAGUAGGAAGUCCUUCUGUAAGGGCAAUGAGAAAUGCAAAUUUGACCAAAAAUCUCAAACCAAAGACAAACAGUUCACAAUAUAUGAUACAAAUGACAAUCACUUCUUAGUACUGAUGAGAAACCUCACAGAAAAGGACUCUGGGAUAUAUCACUGUUUAGUGGAGCUGAGUCAGGACAAUUACAAAAACACCACAUUCAAUUUGGAGGUGAAAAAUGAUCCUUGUUGUGGUCAAUCCAUUACAAAGUCUGGUAGCGUGGGUGAGGCCCUUCAGGCCAGUUGUAAGUACUCAGUCAGCAUGAAAGGGAACAGCAAGGGCUUUUACAAACAGCAUCAUACAAUGAUCCUCUCUGAAGGCACUACCUCUAAAUCACCACAACAGCCAGCAAAACUAAGCAUAGUUGAUGAUAGCUUAGCACAUGAAUUUAAAGUGACCAUCACUCUAACAUCAUCUGAUGCUGGAGUUUACUGGUGUGGAGUAAGAACUGGUGCAAACACUGGCAGCAUUAGCCUCAUCACAGAGGUUAAACUCAACAUCAUUGAUCCAAACCACCAGACUUCACCAAGAAGUUCACCAUCCCCAAGAUCCUCUGACAAUCUGCCAUCACCUCAACCUACCAAUCAAUCUACAGCUGACAACCGUGUCCUGCUCAUAGUCUCUUUGACCCUGGUGGUGCUGAUGACUGGCUUGGGAGGAGUCACACUGUACGUCUAUAAGAAGAGGAAGGCACAGGGAAAUACCUCAUCUACAGCUGUUGGACUCCAAAGACCGCCUCAGAGAGAUUGUGUCUAUGAGGAGAUCAAUGACCCCGGCGCCCCAGCUGACCCCAGCUUCAGCACCAUUGGUCCUCCAUCCAGCCCCGACUACGCCACCGUCACCUUCCACAAGGGGGCAGACCAACAGACGCAACUCAGCUCUGCUGUUACUCCCAGAGAAGUGACCACCAGCGAAUAUGCUACCAUCCAACCCCACUGAUGACCAUUCUGCCUUUUUUACUGAUCUCUUCCAUAUCCCUUCCCCUUGGGAUCAAUAAAGUAUAUAUCUAUCUAUCUAUCGAUUUGUUGUUGCCUUUAACACGAAAAUACUCCAGUAAACACUGUUUGGCAUGCCUCUCUUGGCCAGUAACUGUGACUUAUUAUAGUCUUUCACUUGUGGUUAUGGUUAAAUAUACAGGACACAAGGAGUGAUAAUGUUAACCAUCUAUUGUUUUUUUUUUCCCUGUGUAGUACUUGUGGUAUGGUUAAAUGUGUCUGCUAAAGGUAAUUUAUGUAAUUGAACAUACAUGUAAUAAAAGUAUUUUUGAUAGUG